AUGUACGGUCGUCACCUGUUUAUAUGUAUUCUACCAUUUCUGUUUUUAUUUUAUUCAUGCUAUUGUGAUGAAACAUUGGAUCUCAAUACAUAUAUAAUCGAUUUAGACGCUUCUCCAUUGUCCCGUUGGACAAAUGUUAUCGAAGAAUUUCGUUUACCAUUGAAUAUAUUCGUUGAAAAUAUUCGCUCAGCUGUCCCAUCACCCUUUUUUUAUGUAUCGGAAGCAAUUGCAUUACGUCUUGAUCAUUAUAUUCCUCAACCAUAUCACGAUGAAAUUCACUCAAUAUCAUCAGCUGCAAAUAUUCGAUUAAGUGAUGUUAUUUUAUUAAAUUUAAUUUAUGAAUUACGAGCACACUGUACGAGUAUUCUAGCUGUAAGCACAAAUGGAACAUUUAUUCAUGGUAGAAAUUUAGAUUAUGAUUUAAAUACAGAUUUAUUACGUUUAUUAACAUUUCAAGCUAAAUUUAUAAAAACAACAAAUAAAAGUCAAGUUGUUUAUUAUUCAAUUCAUUUUGCUGGUAGUGUUGGAUUAUUUACGGCUAAUCGACCUAAUUUCUAUAGUUUAUCGAUAAAUCAACGUCAAACAAACAAUGGUGAAUGGUGGAUGAAUGCGUUAAUGGCCAUAUUGCAUUUGAAUACAAUGCCUUUAUUUAUAUUUACAAGAAUUCUAUUUGAAAAUUAUCAUUCGUAUGAAGAUAUAAAAUACGAACUAAAAACAAAGCAUUUAAUUGCACCCGUUUAUUUUAUUUUGACUAAUGGAGAAAAUGAAGGUCUGGUUAUUACUCGAAAUCGUUUGAAUUCAGCUAAUACAAUUGUAUUAAAUUCAUCAAAUCCAUUAUGGUAUUUAGUUCAAACAAAUUAUGAUCAUUGGUUAGAGGAUCCGUUGAAUGAUUCUCGACGUACAACAGCUGAAAAUGUUCUUGGCGUAAUGUACAAUCAAUCUCAAUUACUUGAUAAUACAAUUUAUGAUGUUCUCUCUGUGAUACCAGUAUUAAAUAAGUAUACUGUCUACACUUCUAUCAUGUCACCUACAAAUAAUUUAACGAUACCAAUUUAUGCAAAAAUUAGAACACUUGAUCAUAAAUCAAAAUACUUAUUAACAUUACGACAAAAAUUUCAACGAUCCAAAACAUCAUUUAUAGAGAAAGUAGUGAAAUUUAUAACAUUUGCAUUUUUGCUUGUUUGA